GCGUGUCUGCAGUGGCAGUUACUGGGGAUGCUACAAAAACGACGUUGCAUCCGAGGAAGGAAGACCUGUUCGGACUACGGGGACGAAGCUCUAUUUAUUUUACAGACUUAAAAUGAACAGGAUACGAAUCCAUGUUUUGCCUUCAAGUCGGAACCGGGUGUCCCAGACACCUCGUCCCCAGGAGCCCCAGUUCUGCUCCUUCACACAACGGCCGUGCUCUCAGCCUCGUCUGGAAGGCCUGGAGUUCUGCAUAAAACACAUCCUGGAGGACAAAAAUGCCCCGUACAAGCAGUGCAGCUAUGUCUCUGCCAAGAACGGCAAGCGCUGCCCCAAUGCGUCUCCGAAAGUGGAAAGGAAAGAUGGAGUGACAUUCUGUGCAGAGCAUGCUCGCAGGAAUGCCAUGGCCCUCAGAGCUCAGAUAAGAAAGCCUUCCUCUAAUCCAUCCCCAGAGGUACUUCUGUCCCAGCUAAGUGGUUACAACAGAGCAGAGACGCACAGCGCUGAUGGGAGCCGGUCUGAAGCUAGCCGUAUCCUAGACGAGGAGAGUCUAAGUGAGGAGGAACAGGGUCCAAUGGUUUUAGACCAGACAUGGAGAGGAGACCCUGACAGUGAUGCCGACAGUGUUGACAGUGAUCAUGAAGAUCCUCUAAAACAUGCAGGAGUUUACACAGCAGAGGAGGUGGCGCUCAUUACUCGAGAAAAGCUCAUCCGGUUACAGUCUCUCUACAUUGACCAGUUCAAACGCCUUCAGCACCUUCUGAAGGAGAAAAAGCGUCGAUAUCUGCACAACCGCAAAAUGGAGCACGAAACUCUCGGAAGCAGCCUGCUGACGGGGGCUGAAGGUCUAUCCAUGAAGGAGAGAGAAAACCUGAAGAAGCUCAAAGCUCUGCGUCGAUACCGUCGUCGGUAUGGCGUGGAAGCCCUGCUGCACCGGCAGCUCAGGGAGAGGAGGCAGGCUGUGACGGACGGAGCUCCACAGUCGCACACAAGAACAGUGUAUGAGAAGUGCAUCUCGUUUGUGGAAGGAACUCGAUGUACCAAUCCCUGCCUGCCUAUGACCCGGCAUUGUCUCUCACACAUCUGCCAGGACAGCAAUCAGGUGCUUUUCAAUAAGUGUCCGGGCAUUAAAGACGUCCCGUGUGACCGCACCGUGCACAUGGGUCAGUCAGACGACCCCCGCUGCUCGCUCCACCUCAGCCUGCCUCCCCCCAUGUACCAGCCCGAGCAGGAACAUCCCCCGCAGGAGGCGAUCAGCACCGCGAGCAGAGACAUGUACCUGAGUGCAGCAGAGCUCCAGCCCACAGAGAGCCUUCCCCUAGAGUUCAGUGAUGACCUGGAUGUGGAAGGGGAUGGCAUGCAGGGUCCUCCGUCCCCUCUUCAGUUCGACACGGCCCUGGCGCUGGAGGACCAGACCAUCAGAGCCAUCGCCGAGGCGCCGAUGGACAUCCUGACAGGAGAAGACGCGGACCUGGAUGCCUCGGGACAGGAGCUCUCGGAGAGGGAUGUGGAUGCCAUCAUGGAUGACCAGGUGGUGUCGGAGGUCGUUGGAGGGGAAGAAGAGGCCACAGAUAAUUUACCCCAAGACGUCAACCCAGCUUCAGUCGAUGCUCCCUGAUAAAAAAAAAUUAAAAAAACCUCUGCAGCACUAUCUAAAGAAGAUAGAGACAAUAAAGCUGCAAAUCCACCAGAAGAAGUCAGAACUUCUAGAUUCAAGAGACUUAACGACUCGGGCUCAUUGUUGUCUGCCUUUUGAACGAGAUUUAACGACCCGUAAAGAUGAGGCAAAUUAGUCUGCUUUUGUGUAGAAGAAACCAUGCCUGUUUCAUGCAGCCUUACAGAGGUGACGAUGUUCAAAUAAAAACAAUGUUUCUGCUU